GUCUGUUUUAACAACAUGUGGGAACUUCAAUGGUGGCAGGACUGAAAAGGAUUGAUCAUCUCAAGGACUUCACGGAUCGGACUCAGUACAAAUAGAGCAUGUCUGAAUCUCAGCCGGACUGGCGGUGAUCACAGCGGUCACAAAAUGGUCAAAAGUGUCAUGGUAGCUUAUGCCCUGUGGGCAGUGGGUGGCCUUUUUGGUGUUCACCAUCUAUAUUUAGGGCGAGACAGUCACGCCCUUCUAUGGAUGCUAACGCUGGGAGGUUUCGGCAUUGGCUGGAUCAGAGAGCUUUUACGUAUUCCGGCAUAUGUGGGUAAAGCCAAUCAAGAGGCCGGGAAGGAGAGAAGAAGACCCUCCACCAUAGCCCCUCCACCAGUAAACCCAGUUCGAGUCGCUGGCCAGGUGUGUGUUGGGAUCUACUUUGGAACUGUGGCACUGAUUGGACUGAGCUCCCUCGGUUUUUUCUACUUGCUUGUUCUUCCUUUAUGUGUGGGUGCAGGGGUGCAUCUGGUGUCCACUGUUGGCCAGGAGACCUCUGAUCUCCAAAAAACACUCACAGCUAGUCUCAUAACUUCCCCCAUAUUCUAUGGCAGCACUUUAUCCCCACUGCCAAUUAGUCUGGCAGCCAGUGUCACUGCCACGCAGCAUCGAAAGUACAAGAAACCUCAGGCAGGCGGGAGCCCACGGGAACUCGGUCCACGGCUUUGCAGAUUGUGUCUCGCAUGGCUGGCUUUCUCGACUCCGUUGGCAUAUUGUGUUUUCCAUAAUACCACUGCCACAUUGUAUUACCUGUCUGACUGUGUGGUCGCGCUGCUGGAUUUUUUUUGGUUCCUCCCUUGGCUCAGGAGUGCGGUGGAGUACGUUGUGUUCAUGCCCUAUCGCUUCAUGUGCGCCUUGACCGGAAGAGGCUAUUAUGAGGAGGUCUGGAAGAGGAUGCUGGAAAUACUCCUCAAAGACUAUACUGAGCAGGAAAAGGAGGCGCUGAAGGUUUUGUCACUGGGAGCAGAGGCUUCUUUUGAAGAGAUAUCUCGUGGCUACAGGGAGCUUGUCAAGAUGUGGCACCCCGACCACAACCCAAGCAAGAAUGCUGAGGACACGUUUGUUAAGAUUCAUGAGGCGUAUGAGAUUCUUCUACGGCGGUACAGGCCCCACCGUUUCAAAUAAUUCCUCAGUAAAAUGACACAAAGAAGCACAAAUCAAUCCUAAAAUUCUGUCAACUUGCCAUUCUUACCUGACAUCAUUUGACUUGUCAAGGAAUAUUCCAUUUCUGUCUUACUGGUCUCUACACUGAGUUGAUCUGUCAUUGGAACAAAAUUCAAUCAAUUUAAACAGCUUUAUUUACAGAUUCAAGGUCCAGGCAUUUGACAAAUAGUCAAUGAGCCUUUCGUUUGAAUUAUUUGUGCGGCAGAUACAUUUGUAGCUUACACUAGAUUUCGUAG